UCGACCAUCCACGCACACACGAUCGAUCUUCGCCUUCUUCAAUCCUGAAGUUCUAAUAUCAUUCGCCAUCAAUCUUCUGAAGUUCUUUGAUCUGAAGCUCUCCAUGGCCGACGAUGAGGGCCGCCGCCACCAUUUCCUGCUCGUGAGCUACGGCUUCCAGAGCCACAUCAACCCGGGGCGCGUCCUCGCCCACCGCCUCGCGCGGCUCGGCGGCGCCGACGGCUCCAUCUCGGCCACGCUCUCCGUGCCGGUCGCCACCUACCGAUCCAUGUUCCCUUCGCCGGACGCCGAGGCCGCGGCGGCGGAGGAGGAGACCACCAACGACGGCGUCAUCUCGUACGUCCCCUACUCCGACGGCGUCGACGACGGCUCCAUGCCCAGGGACGCCGCCAACAGGGCGGUGCGGCGCCGCGCGACCUCCGCGAGCCUCUCCGCCGUCGUCGCUCGCCUCGCCGGCCGCGGGCAGCCGGUGACGUGCAUCAUGUGCACGGUGGUGUCCCUCCCGGUUCUCGACGUCGCACGGGAGCACAGCAUCCCCGUCGCCGUUUACUGGAUCCAGACGGCGACUCUUCUUGCCAUCAACUACCACUACUUCGUCCAUGGCUACAGCGAGCUCAUCGUCCCCCACGCCGCCGACCCUGCGCACGAGGUGCGCCUGCCCGGUCUGAGCCGUCCUCUUCAGAUAAGCAACAUCCCGUCCUACCUGAUCGACAUGUCAGGCAGCGAGAGCGCUAAGGCCUUCAUCGAGGUGUUCCAAGAGUUCUUCCAGUACAUAGUCCAGUUGCAGCCUAAGGUGCUUGUGACCACACUAGACGAGCUGGAGCCGAGCGCGGUCGCGGAGAUGAAGCGACACCUGGAAGUGUUCACCAUUGGUCCCAUGGUUGGGAGCUCAACGGAGACGCGCAUCCACUUGUUCAAGCAUGACAGCAGCGACAAGAAGAGGUACAUGGAGUGGCUUCAGGGUCACCCGGAGAAGUCCGUGGUGUACGUGUCGUUUGGGAGCCUAUCAAAGUACACCAAACUUCAGAUGGAGGAGAUCGUCGGAGGGCUGCGGCAAUGUGGGAGGCCGUACUUGCUGGUUGUGCGCAGGGACGGGCUCGUGGACGACGAUGAUGAAAGCGGCAGCUUGGAGAAGAACAACCAAAGUCAGGGCAUGGUUGUGGAUUGGUGCAGCCAAUUGGAGGUUUUAUCGCACCCUGCAAUAGGGUGCUUCGUCUCGCACUGCGGAUGGAACUCGACAAUGGAGGCCAUGUUGUCCGGCGUGCCGAUAAUCGGUGCGCCGAACAUGUUUGACCAACCAACGAAUGUAUUCUUCAUUGAGGAGGAGUGGGAGGUUGGCAUCAGAGCCGAGAGCAACAAUGAUGGUGUGUUGAUGGGAACAGAGUUGGCGAGGUGUGUUGAGCUGGUCAUGGGUGAAGGUGCAAAAGCAAUGGCGAUAAGGGAAAAGGCAAAGGCCUUGAAAGAGGUAGCGCAAGCAGCAGCAGGUAUAGGCGGGGCUGCUGAGAGAAACCUUCGUGACUUUGUCAAAGCAAUACCAUGUCGGAAUUAAUAAUAAAGCCAUGAUAGAAAACUGGAUCUGGUCCAUUCAUGACAGCGACCUCUUUUGUUCUUGUACCGCAGUAUGUAUCACAAAUUCAAUCCAGCCAAAUUAUUAGCUGGAAAUUUAAGAUGGACUCCUGAACUUGGAAUUUGUUCAGGCAAUAA